GCUGCUUUUUCUCUGUUGCUCUGUGGAUCCAGCUGGACGAAACUGAAGUUGUCUCAAGUCAAAAGUUUGUACUUCUAAGACAACUUUGGGGCGAGAAGAAACACCACCAUGGCGGAGCAAAGUUUAGUGAUCUCCGUGUCUGUGAUGACGCUGUUUUGGGCCAUUAUUGGAGGAGUUGUUCCCUGGUUUGUCCCCAAAGGACCAAACAGAGGAGUGAUAAUCACAAUGCUGGUUUUAACUGCAGUUUGCUGCUACCUGUUCUGGCUAAUAGCAAUCCUGGCCCAGCUGAACCCACUUUUUGGACCUACUCUGUCCAGUGACACCAUCUGGUACCUGUACUAUCACUGGUCUUAAUCUUCCUUUCCAGGACACCUGACCAUGCAGGGGAGGAAUUGACACUGCCACGUACUAAUGGACGUUUGCUUCUCCAGAGAUCAUUCCUUCUGAAAUGCCUUAAACUCAGGCCUCUGUGUGAUUACUGAGCGAUGCCCACGCUGGUGCCUUGCACAAAAAAUAAUUCCCAAAGGACUCAUGAAAGAUCUCACCGAAUGUGCUUUACUUUAAAUUAAAGCAACCUCCUCUUGGUGUUGUUGUGCUUAUGCGUGAUGUAUAUUGUGUUUACUGUUAUUGUUAAUAUGAAUGACCGUGCCUUUAAAUAGUUGAUGUGCGUUGUGUUUGAUGUGAUCUCUUUUUGUCUGAUAAUAUAAGUGAUGGAUGUGAUCCAUUUGAUAGGUGUGAAUUAAUAAACGAAUCAUCAAAAGCA